AUGCACGGCUACUCGUCGUCCUCCGAGUCGGACGACGAAUACAGCUAUCGUCGGAACAAGGGAAAGAUCCCGGCGCCCGCCAACUCCAACGAUGCCAACAAGAAAAAGAAGAAGCUUAAGCUGCCUCCGCAGCAGUCCAUAAAUCGUAUAUGGAAGCGAUUCAGCAACAAGAGAUUCAACAAGGCGUUGGCAAUCUUGCCAUUCGACCCAGUCUUGCCGCCCACCAUCUCCGAUCGGUCUAAUGAACUGCUCAGUGAGGGGUACGAGCGAGCUGCCGAAGAAUGCAGGAGAAAAGUCAGAAAGAUUAUACAAGAAUGCAAGAGGGUGAACACGCGGUACCGGGAUCCCGGCUGGGACUUGGACUGGGAUCUUAAGAUGGAGAAGGGCCACUGCCUGAACAGCUUGGGCCGAACCAAGUUCGACUUGAGCGCGUCUACAAUGCAGAACCCCAGUGCUACCGUGCCCAAAGCGGUAAAGCGUGUCCAUGAGAUCUACGAGAAGCCUACGUUCAUGGCCAAGAUCCUUGGCUCGGAUGUCAAGCAGGGAAGCUUGGGAGACUGCUGGUUGAUGGCUAGCUUGUCUGGCCUCGCCAACGUCAAGAACGGUAUCCAGCGGAUAUGUGUUGAGUACGACACCCGGAUCGGUAUCUACGGUUUUGUCUUUUACAGAGAUGGCGAGUGGAUCUACUCCAUCAUUGAUGACAAGUUGUACCUCAAGUCACCUUGCUGGGAUUCGCCAAGCAUGCAGCGUAAUUUGCUACAACAAAUCGAUCGGGAAGAUGUCGAAAGGGUGUAUCGUCAAACCUAUCAGACCGGCUCCAAGGCCCUGUUCUUUGCCCAAUGCAAGGACCAGAAUGAGACCUGGGUGCCUCUGAUUGAGAAGGCAUAUGCCAAAGCUCACGGCGACUAUGCUUCCCUAUCGGGAGGAUGGAUUGGCGAGGGUUUGGAAGAUCUCUCCGGCGGUGUCACAACCGAGCUGCUGGCUUCCGACAUACUCGACCUUGACGGGUUCUGGGAAAAUGAACUCAGCAGGGUCAAUGAAGAGUUCCUGUUCGGUUGCAGCACAGGCUUGCUUGACGGCGGCUAUGGCGAGCGUGAAGGCAUUUCCGAAGGGCAUGCCUACGUCGUCAUGGAAUCAAGGACGUUGAAAGACGGCACACGACUCAAGGGAAUCUGGGAGGGCGCCUGGUCAGACGGUUCCAAGGAGUGGACCACCGAUGUCCAGGAGGAGCUCGGUCACCAGUUCGGUAGCGACAGCGUCUUCUGGAUUUCCUACGAAGACCUGUUGCGUAAGUACCAGCACUUCGACCGCACUCGUCUGUUCCGCGACCCUGAUUGGCGCUGCUGCCAAAGAUGGAUCGGUGUCGAGGUGCCAUGGAAGCCUCAGUACAACGAGAAGUUCCACAUCAAGCUGACUCGCGAGUCGCCCUUGGUAUUGGUCCUCAGUCAGCUCGACAACCGGUAUUUCAAGGGUCUCCACGGUCAAUACUCCUUCCGCCUCCACUUCCGUAUUCACGAACAGCUCAGACCCAACGCCGAAGACUACAUUGUCCGCAGCCAUGGCAACUACUUGAUGGAUAGGUCAGUUUCCAUUGAGCUGCCCUCCAUGUUACCUGGCAACUACAGCGUCUUCAUCAGCGUCAUCGGUGAGCGCAACACCAGCCAGCCCAGCAUCGAGGAUGUGGUCAAGCGGGAGUGCAAGAAGCGGGUCGAGAAUGAGAAGCUCGUCCAAGUCGGAUACGCUUAUGAUCUUGCCCACAGCAAGGCUGCCGCCCAUUUGGAAGCUGUGAAGGCCCUUCGGAAGAAGGCAGACCAGAAGAAGGCUAGCGAUGCUCGUCAGAAGGAGCGUCACCGGCUUUGGGAGAAGCGUCACCUCAACCGCCAGAUCACCAAGAAGCAGGGUCGUAAGAACAACCAGAAGCUUGAGGUCAGGCAAGCCGCGCGCGAGGAAAAGAAGCGUCCGGAGGAAGAGCUCAAGCCAAAGGAUGCUGGUGUUCAGACCGAAGAACCCAAGCAAGAGGAGAAGCCAGAGGAGAAGAAGGUCGAGGACACCAAGCCCGAGGAGCAACCCAAGAAGGUCCAGUCGGGCUCGGACACCGAGAAGCAACAAGGCAAGGAUGCCGAGGUUGAAAGUCCUAAAUGUACACCUCUUGCCACGCCUUCCGAGACACCUGCGGUUGAGAAGACCGAGAGCCAAGCUUCCGGCGGCUUGGUCGUCGACCUUCCCACACCUGACCCCACACCAGCAGUUGAGAAGACGGAAAGCCAAGUUGCCAGCGGAAUGACCGUUGAGGCUGAGAAGAAGGUCGACCAUGAAGGCGAGGUCCCUUCGUCGGGCAGCUCCGAAGCCUCCAGUGGUCCUUCCUACACUCCCAAGACCGACGCCUCCGUAGCCGAUGUGGCGGACGAGAAGGACAAGGAGAAGGUCCCCAUCCCCCCUGUUACCGACUCUAAGCCUGCCGCCGACUCCAAGGUGUCUGGUGGGCCUCCUGCUGCUGAGGAAAAGAAGGAAGAGGAGAAGAAGUCGGAGGAAAAGCCCGCCGCCAAGAGCAGUCCGCCCAAGAAGAAGUCACCCAACAUGUACGUCACUUCGGACGGCGAAUCAAGCGCCUCCCCCAUCGAAGACUGGGAAGAGCUCUACAGCUCCGACGACAUGACGCGCAAGCCGCGCAUGAGCGCUCCUCCUCCUCCCGGCACCGUUAUGGUCAGCAAGUACAAGGAGGAGACGGAUGACGAGAACGAUCCGGAUCCGUGGAACGCCAUCUGCGUCGUUGGGCUGCGGGUGUACUCCAAGGACGAGGACCUCGAGUUGCGCAUCGUCAUGGAGGGCGGUGAACUUGAGGAAGGCGGUAUGGGUGAGAAGGGUGGUGUCGAUCUCGACAACGCUCAGGCCAACGCUGGUGGUGCGCGAAUCAUUAGGAAGGAGGGUGAAGGCGAGGAUGCGUAUGAGGGCGAUAGUGAGGAGGAGAGGAAAACGGGCAAGCACAAGCAAAGGAGGUACUCGGUUAUUGUGCAGAAGGGUAAGGGUGAGGAGGAGUAUGAGAGCGCGGUGGAGAGUCAGAAGGAGCCCUUGUAA